AUGCGCGCUGUCCAAAAUCUGAGGAUAUCAUGGCUGACUGAAUCGUUCGCAGCUCCCGCCAAGAAGUCCCAGCAGAAGAUGUCCCUGGGGGACUUUCUGGGCGACCAAUCUCUCGGAUCAUGGGCCGACGAAAUGGAGGAUAUGCCGAAACCGUGUGCUGACGAUGUGCUAGGCGGCGGCGGCUAUGGAGGCGAAAGGCGUGCAUUCAGCUCCGCUGGCGGAUUCGGUUCUGACCGCGGCUUCGCCCCCAGUGGAUUUGCGCGCGAGCAGCUUCCCCUCCCCACGAGGCCCCCGUAUACUGCCCAUCUGGGUAACCUUUCGUUCGAUGCUACCGAAGGCGACGUCAGCGAUUUCUUCAGCGGCUGCGAGGUCACCAAUGUGCGUAUCGUGGAGGACAAGCUGGAGAGAAAGCCGAAAGGCUUUGGCUACGUUGAGUUCGGCAGUCUCGACGGCCUAAAAAAGGCGCUCGAGUUGUCUGGCACACAGUUCCAGGGUAGAAAUAUCAGGAUCAGUGUUGCUGAACCGCCCAAGGAUCGUCCCGAAGCCAAGGACAUGUCCGACUGGACUCGAAAGGGUCCUCUUCCUGACCUCCCGGGUGCGCGCCGUGCGUCCGACCGAGGAGGGGGAGGCUAUCGUCAGUUCGAUACUGGUUCCGAUGUCGGAAGCGAACGUGGAGGCAGCCGACGGGGUCCUCCGCCGUUCUCGGGUGAUGGCAAGGAGCGCGACUUCGGCAACUGGGAGCGAAAGGGUCCCCUGUCGCCCGUUCCUCAAACCGGACCGAUGAGAGAGGGCGGCAGGGUGCGAAGCAACGAUGGACCGCGCGAGCGACGACAGUCUCCUGCGUGGGGCGAGGGACGCUCGAACGAUGGAUCCCGUCCACCACGCCGCGAGUUCCAGGACCGGCCUCACUACGACCGACAACCUACGGCUCCAGAGCUUGACAACCAGUGGCGGGCCAGGAUGCGUCCCGAUGCUCCGGCCAAGUCUCCGUCGGGCACUCCCGAAACCAGUGUUCCCUCGUCUCCCGCUCCUCAACAUGCUGCUCCGGCAACUCGCCCUAAGUUGAACCUCACCAAGCGUACCGUGUCCGAUAGCGAUCCGGUACCUCCGACAGCCUCUUCUGAGACUCACUCCAAGUCGAACCCCUUCGGUGCGGCGCGUCCGAUUGAUACCGCCGCUCGCGAGAGAGAGAUUGAGGAAAAGAGGGAGCUUUCUAUCCGUCAAAAGAAGGAGGCUGACGAGAAGGCACGCGAGGAGAAGAGGGCAAAAGAGGCAGCAGAGAAGGCCGCGGCUAAGGAGGCAGCACCUCCGACGCCCACGGGGGACAAGUCCAAGGAGGAUGGCGGAGAGGAGAAGCCACGCCCGAAUUUCGAGAUCCUGCGACGUGUGAGUAACGAAGACGACGCAGCCCCAGAGGAAGACGCACCUGAUGCGCCUGCAAACGGAAACAUCGUCGACGACAAAGAGGUCAAGCCAAAGGAGAUUGUGCGCAAUCCGAAGGCCGAAGGACCGUGGAGGCGGAAGUCUGGCGCUCCCUCGGCAGCAGCUGGAACUACGACCGAGGGCCUUGAGGAUGACGGCUGGAGUACCGUCACGAAGCCAAAGAACACGAGGGGUAGAGGAGGUCGUGGCGGCCCGUCCCGUGCCAUCGCCUCCUAG